AUGAAUUCAAAUAACCAAAAUACACAAGAUUAUUAUAAUUUACAAACGGAUCAAACUGAAAAUAGCCCUUCUCCUCAACAAAUUUCUAAUAAUAAUAAUAAUAAUGAAAACAUCCAACAUACUUUAAUUAACAAUGUUGGAGUAUCUAAUACGAAUUUAAACACCUUGCACAUUAAUACUAUUAAUUCUACGACUCUUGCGCCUAAUAAUACUACAUUUGAGUUUUAUUUUUAUUUACCAAACGAUACUCGUAUCUAUCGUGUUACUUAUUCUGAAUUAAAUCCAUCAGAAAAUGUUCAAAUUUUGAAUAAUAGGAUUAAUCUAUCUCAUGUCCCUGAUUACCAGUUGCCGUACCAUUAUAAUGUACAAUCCCUAAUUCGGCAACAGAUUCAGCAACAAGUCCAACAUCCUAUUGUUUAUCAACAAGAUAACAUUCAACAACAAUACUUCGAUACUACUCAACCAACUUCCCAAGUAUACUCAAAUAAUGACACCUAUAAUACAACUUCAAUUUCAGUAGACGGAACUGUUUCUUAUGAUAUGGGAAAUAUGGGAUUCCAGAAUUCUCCCUAAGAACUACGAGGCUAAUUAUUAAAUUUAAUUGUUGUUGCGUAAAUUAAAUGAUCUUUGCCUCUCUAUAAAGAAUGGUUU